UGAAGUGAAAAUUAGAAGCUGUUCUUUCUGGCUCACAGACUGGGUUGCAUUUGCUUAGUCUUAUUCCAUGACUGUAGGAUGGAAAGAGGUCAGUAACACUGGAAUCUGACUGAUCGUUCAUACCGGAGUAUUGUACACAAACAGAAAGCACCUUCAAAAUGGACUACUUUUUGGAUGUCGAGUCUGCUCACAGACUAUUUUAUAGUCAAGGAGCCCAAGCUCGUCGGGCAACUCUUCUCACUGUGCCCACUCUGGUGACAGCAACUUCUGAAGAUGACAUAGACCGGAGACCCAUCAGAAGACUCCGGUCUAAGAGUGACACCCCUUACUUGGAAGAAGCUCGUAUCUGCUUCAACCUUGAUAAUGCUCGCCGGGCCACGCUGCUCACCGUGCCCACAUUAAUGGCGGCAUCUUCCGAGGAGGACAUCGACCGCAGACCCAUCCGCCGCGUCCGCUCCAAGAGCGACACCCCCUACCUCGCCGAGGCCCGCAUCUCCUUCAACCUCGGCACAGCUGAAGAGGUGGAAAGACUGGCUGCAAUGCGUUCAGAUUCUCUAGUACCUGGGACUCACACGCCUCCAAUCAGAAGAAGGAGCAAAUUUGCCACUCUUGGGAGACUUUUUAAGCCAUGGAAAUGGAGGAAGAAGAAGAGUGAAAAAUUUAAGCACACUUCAGCAGCUUUGGAAAGAAAAAUGUCAAUGAGACAAAGCAGAGAGGAGCUUAUAAAACGAGGAGUGCUGAAAGAAAUUUUUGAUAAAGAUGGGGAACUUUCCAUACCAAAUGAAGAAGGAGCUUUGGAGAAUGGGCAGCCUCUGGGCUCCGGGCUGAGCUCCAGCCAGGUGUCCCUGCCAGCCCUAGCAGAACUGGAGUCAGUCCCAGCAUCUGUGGAACCCUGCUCAUAUGAGGUGCUCCCAACCACAGAGAUCAUGGAUGGGACAGUGUCUGAAGAGAGCCCCACAUCCAAUGAAUCCGGCGUCCUCCUGUCCCAAGAUCCUACAGCUAAGCCAGUCCUGCUACUUCCCCCCAAAAAAUCUGCUGCUUUCCCUGGAGACCAUGAGGACACCCCAGUGAAACAGUUGUCCCUCCUCAAACAGCCCCCUGCCCUGCCUCCUAAACCUAUUGCCAGGAUUGCCAGCCACUUAACUGAUCCUGGCGCUCCUGUGAAACUGCCUUGUAUGCCAGUUAAACUGUCACCUCCACUACCUCCAAAGAAAGUCAUGAUUUUUGGGCCCCCUUUGGGAGGGCCAGACCUCUCUCUCUCAUCCUAUGCCACGCAGAAGAGCUCCCAGCAGCCUUUGACCCAGCAGCAUCACACUGUCCUGCCAUCCCAGUUAGCAGCUCACCAGCACCAGCUCCAGUACGGCAGCCACAGCCAGCACCUUCCCUCUGGGUCCAGCACAUUGCCCAUUCACCCCUCGGGGUGCCGGAUGAUCGAGGAACUGAACAAAACGCUAGCCAUGACCAUGCACAGGCUAGAGAGCUCUGGUUUACACUCAAGUGACAGUGUUACAAAAACAGGACCUGGGGGCCUUCCAGACAUGAGACAAGUGCCAACUGUUGUGAUCGAAUGCGAUGACAAUAAAGAAAAUGUGCCUCAUGAACCUGACUAUGAAGAUUCUUCUUGCCUCUAUCCAAGGCAGGAAGAGGAAGAAGAGGAAGAUGAAGAGGAGGAUAACUCAUUAUUUACAAGCCCCCUGGCAAGGAAGCUCUGUAGGAAGGACUCUUUAGCAAUCAAACUAAGCAACAGGCCAUCCAAGCGAGAGCUGGAGGAAAAGAACAUCCUUCCCAUGCAGACUGAUGAAGAGAGGCUUGAACUUAGGCAGCAGAUUGGGACAAAGCUAACAAGACGACUGAGCCAGAGGCCGACUGCUGAAGAAUUGGAGCAGAGGAACAUACUGAAACCCCGGAAUGAGCAAGAAGAGCAGGAGGAAAAGCGAGAGAUUAAGAGAAGAUUAACACGUAAGCUGAGUCAAAGGCCCACAGUAGAAGAGCUACGUGAGAGGAAGAUCCUCAUCCGCUUCAGCGACUACGUGGAAGUGGCAGACGCGCAGGACUACGACAGGAGGGCGGACAAACCCUGGACACGACUCACAGCCGCCGACAAAGCAGCCAUUCGAAAAGAGCUUAAUGAAUUUAAAAGCUCUGAAAUGGAAGUUCAUGAAUUAAGUAGGCAUCUAACAAGGUUUCAUAGACCGUAGCAGAUCAAUUCUACUUGACUACUAUGCCAUCUUCAAAACAUAACUAAAAGGAACCAUAAGUGCUGGUAUUAUUCACUUCCCUGUUACGUACAAUGUAAAUCUUCCGAACUGCCUUUUUAAAAAAAAAAAAAUAGUAGAAAAAUAAAUAUUAAAAAAAAAGGAGAAUUGUAUUUACAUGUGAUGAGUACUGCAGCAUCAUCAGACCUGCUGGUUCAAGCUUCAGAAAAUACCCCUGGUGGGAAAUCGUGCCAAGACUUGGCAUCUAUGUAUAGGACUUUCCCGGCAUGUGGAUUUGCCAUACGUGUUCAAGCCCAGCUGGUGGUGCAACCUUUGCUGUCUUCAGGCACCCCUCAUCCUGACAAGCCUCUGUCAUCAACCCUAGAGAGCCCUGAGAUGGUGUUCAGGGAAUCACUUGGCCUGGGUGAAGUCUCCAAAAGAUGAGCCCCUGUGAUACUGAAGCACUUACACCAAACACUCAUUUCAAGCUGAGAGCACCUUAUGAGGACGGUGAAGGAGCGAAACUCUCCAUGGGCCAGCCCAUCUGUGAAUAUCAUAUCACUUGAAAGGCAUUUCUUUCCCUGGAGAAGUUUACAGCCAGUCAGUAGACAUUGUUCAGCUUCCAAGCAGAAAAAGGUAACUCCUCUGAAGAACAGGACUCCCUACUGAAGGCUGCUUCAGUUCUAGCAACUGUUUGUUUUCCAUCUCUUUCAAGUAUAAUUUUCUAAACCCAGUUGUGAGCCCAUUAGCACUAAGUGACAAGAACACAGGACCAGCAAGCAAACACCCAUCUCUUCAUGGUCACUGCAUGGCAUCUGCUCCCCUUGUAGUUUGUCUUUACACCCAAACCUCGUGACUGUGUGAGAGCCAGCAUGCCCCCAGCAGCUGGAAAGGCUGGUACUCCCCUCUGGCUCUGCAGAGGGACAUGUAACAGGAGGGGCUGGAGGUUCCAUGAAGGAUGUCUAUUGUCUCUGUAUCAGGUGUCUCAAGAACUGAUCCUAAACUCACACUGAGCAAAGCAUGACAAAGUAUGUUACCUGGCCUAACAAAAGGAGUCAGGGGCAUUCUUAUGGAUGGUGGGACUUGUCACUGGUACCCAUGGCUGAGGCAUAAGGACAGCAAUUCAGAGGUGUUCUGAAUUUAUUGGUUCUAAUUUUGGUUUUAAUUUAUUUUUAUUAUAGUGCUUUAACACACAGACUGACCAAGCAGAGCUCAGAGAGCUGGUCACUCUGGGCCUGGUUUUCUUGCCAACUUAAGUGUGUGCUCUACAGUAAGGAAGCACACAUAGCCUCACUGCUUUCAAGAAUAUGUUUGACAGGCUUAUUUGAACCUGAACACAGAAUCACAGAAUGACUAGAUUGGAAGAGACCUUCAAGAUCAUCGAGUCCAACCCAUGCCCUAACACCUCAACUAAACACAAUUAAGUGCUUUUCUGAACUUAGGCAAUCACCUUCCAGAAUUAAGUCCUUAACUAAUAUAAUGCCAGCAAGCUGGGGCAGAUAUUGUCAGGAUACAAGACUAUUAUACCAUGUUUUGGGACAGUGGCUGAAAGCACUAUAGCAACAUUAUUGUAAGAAGUUCCAGAUUAUUAUUUCAGGACACCUUUUCUUCCACAAUAGCUAUUUUCCUCUGACAGUUUGAACAGAGAGGCCAAAGUUUUUUACUACAGAAUAGUUAUUUCUGUUAUUCUUUUACUAAUUUUUUCUUUCUCACUGUCUUCCAUUUAUCUGUCCUCUCUUCCGUGCUCCCUGUCCAGCUCCCUCUGUUCCAUGCUAACAUGACCCUUCACUGAUUGCAGGCUGAGAAGUCUCUCACAUGUGAGCAUUUAAUAGCCAGUGCAGUGUAGUGCCAACACUCCUGCCUCUUCUCAGGCCUCACCUCACUCCUCUGGAUGCAGGAGUACAGCCAAAGGGCCUGCAUGUAGCCCAUGGAAUGGCUCUAGCACCCAGCCUGCCCCAACAACCCUGGCAGAGAGGGUAAUACCCUUCAUCUACGCUUGGUGGUGGCACUCAGUGCCUCACAGAUUGGCUCUCCACCAGAGAGAAGCAAAAGCCUUUCAUUCUCAUCCAUAGCCAUCCUUGCAAUGCUGUGGAUUAUUAGCUAUUAAAUGAGGAUUGGCUGUUGUAGGAUGGAACAUGGAAGUAAAAACCAGGUGGUUUCUGGUGCUUCCCAGACUGAGUGAUGAUUUCUGGGAAAACACACCGUGAUCCCUGCAUCACCAGCUCACACUUGCUUUAGAUGGAAGUUCAUCAGUAGUGAAAGACUUCAAUGUGCGAAGUUAUCAGCUCAGUGCAGCAGAGGCAGAGAGCACUUAACAUACCAACCAGGAAUACACUGCUUUGGGGUUACCUUCAUGAAAACCUCAGUUCGUGUUUAUUAAUUCAUUCACAUACAUAUGCACACAAGUUACAAUACUGCAUUACAGCUUUAAAACAAGGGGGGAAAGCCUUUAUGCUUUUGACUGCACAUUUGCAAAGGGCUCUGCAACAGAGCUGUUCUGAAGAAGAAAAUAUCCUUGUGUUCCCAGCAUGGAUCUCACACCUGCCCCAGCAUCCCUAGCUUAGAGGAUCACUGUGAAAUGGAAGGGGCGCCAUCUAAGGAGCAAUGGUGACAGGAAUCACAGCAUUUGGUGGGCUAGUGGGAGGGAAAGGUGAGGAUUUGUUUCAUUUUUAUUUAAAAAUUAAGAGGAGGGAGGUGGAAGUUGCAGGCUGCUGCUGUUUUAGUGUUUGUGCUGGAGUUCCCAGGGGAAUGUUCAGUCUGGGCACUACCACUGUCCCUCAUGGGCACAGUCCCAAGCAGUGCCCACACUGCCCUGCCAGUCUGGCACCCAAAAUAAACCCUUGAGCGCUGGCUGAGACACAUAACAGCCAAGUCAUGGGUGAUGGCCAAAUGUUCCCCAGCACCUUCAUCCGGAUGAGCCCAUGGCAAGUCCCUGCUGAUCACUCAGCAAGUUGGCACACUCAGCCUUGCCCCAUGAUUUGUGCUCCCCAGGGCAGCUCCACGCAGCCAUGCUUUUUUUUUCCUUAUUUCUUUGGGAUUUUUUUUUUUACUUAACUCCUAGCUGAGCAGAUACCAGGACAGAAGUGGAAGAAUUGCCAUAUUUCUCCCCAGUUGGAAAUAGAGCUUAUUCCUGAAAAGGGGGAAGGGGAGGAACAAGAAGCCAUACAAGGUCUUUGGCACUGCAGUAUCACCAAAAUGCCAGGUCAUGUGCUUUUAGCUACAGUGGGUCUGGGUAGUUUGCAAAGUAAACCUUUGUCAAGGCUUUCGCAGCCUUUCAGGGCACCACAUCCUCCGUGUGCACGCCCACCUCUGGCAUUCCUGGGAGGUUGCACACAGACUGGGGAACUGUUGGUCCCAUUUUUUAUAAAUCUGGUUUCUUAAGAACUGUUUUUUCAUCUGUGAAAGCCAUCUCUAUCAUGGCAAAGGAGCUGUGAUUCUGCUGGCAUUAAAAAAAACCAACAGUCAGUCAUGAUUUCUCUCCUUUGACCUGGAUUAUGUGUAGGACACAAUGAUGGCAUUCCUGCUAAGACUGCAUUAGCAGAGUCAUCCUCAUUCUGGUUGGAAGGAGAUUAAUAGUGGUAAUAAAGAAAUCACACCAGGUUUAGAGAAUGGAAAAAUCAACACAGAACAAAAAAUUACUAUUCCAGUCAUCUAUCUCCAGAGAUAAUAAUCUAGAGUCAAAAAAUAGAAGUAUUUUUGGUAUAAUCUACCAAAUCCUGAAUACUUAAAGUGGGCAAGUAUUUAGAUAUCUGUUCAGCAGCCUGCGGAAUAAUGAAGUAGAAACGAGGACUAAGGGGUGGCUGGGGAGGUGAUGGGGAUUGAAAAAGCAAUUCCAAAAUGUCUAGACAAAAAAGUUCUGAUUGGGAAGUGGUGUGUUGGUGAGGAAGCCCAAUAGCAGCAUGACCCCCCUACCCACACCUUCACCAGCAAAGGGUUGAAGGGAUCUGGUGACACCAUUCUGACUCAGAGGAAAUGUGGGCGUUGUGGCUUUUGCCCACCCUACACCCCACUGGGUGUGUACUUGCAGGCUGAAGAAGUUCCAGGCUGCAGGUUUGCUGGGAAGGGCACCAAGCCAACUUUUGUGUCUAGACAAUUCCUAGUGAACACACUGGGCAUUAUCAGAAGAGAAGGAAGAGGUGGGGGAAAGAACAUAAUAGCCUUUUAGCUAUUUUAUGUUAACUGAAACCAUUCAGUGAGCCCAUUACACAAAUAUAUCUCAUCCUGAUACAUGUAUAACCACUGUAUUCUGUCAUCAGUGCAACUACUCACCAAACUUACCCUUCCUUAUUUCUACAGCACCACCUGUGCAGUGCAAACACUAUAAAACCAAGAGAGGGGGAGCACUUCCAACAUGCCUAGUGAAGCUUACACUCAUAAAAAUAGAUGGGCAAGGUGGAAACCUGUAGUUAGUUAUACAUGAAUGGGGGGCUCCCUAACGUGCCUGCAAAUAAAAUAACUUUGUAUAAAUAGCCAUGGGAGAUGACUAGGUUAAUAAAAAAGUCAGGAAAGAAAAAGGGGACAAAUUAUUUUUCCCAGGUGUUCAGUCUGCUCGAGCUUGGAACAACUUCUGUAAACAAAGAGGAGGUGACGGGCACAUUCCCUGUAUUCCUGUGUGUCCCAGUUACUCCUACACCAGUUGCAUUUUCCAGUUGAUAUCCAAGUGUAUGUAUAUAGUUUGUCUUUGUAUAGGAGUGAGUGUGGUGGCUGUCAAUCGUGAUCUUCCAGUAUUGUAAUUUAACAGAUUAUGGCUGUAUGAAAAUGAUGUAAAUAACUAGAAAAAAUUAAACUGGA